AUGUUCGCCAAGGCAGUCCCAGUCCCAGAAAUACAGCACGGAAUCAGCCUCGUCAUUCGAGCCGCGGGCAACGAUACUGUGAGCUGCGGCUUUGAUGGAAACUCAGACUUCUACGGACUAGGCAUCCGGCUUGGCAUCUACCUCCAGUGGAUCACGACCCUCCUGGCACACUUGUUCUUCGAUGCAGCCAUUCCCGGAAAUCUCGAGUUGAACUGCGUAUUCCUGGUCGCCGUAUCGGCCGCCACGCUGGUUGCCACAAGGGCAGGCACAAUCCGUCCGGCGGAGUGUCUCGUUCUUCUUCACCUAUGUUUCGGCUUCAUUUUCUCGAUCCUGUCCAUCUGGGGUCACCGAAUUGAUAUGAAAUUCUCUCUUGCGGGUUCUUCGUUUCGCCUCGCAUUGGCCACGGCGAUAUCGGCAUACGCUGUCUGGUUUUGGUUUCGAGGCCUUGAGCUACUCGUCCAAGAUGCGUGUCCGACUUUCACCUUCAUCGUUGUCCCCAAGGCGGUCUCCGACGCAAUCAGCACGUUCUAUAAGGCCCAGUCCUCUGUCGUUCUUGCGGUUUAUAGUUUCUUACUUGGCAGGGAAUUGCUUACAACUUUCUGCUUCUUUGUCUUCUGUGCCAUGGCAAGCGGCGUGUUUGCUGAAGUUCACGUAAAAGUGAUUCAGUCAGUUCGGUCUUCUUCAGAUUCGCACGGCCACCAUCUACAUCGUGUCCUGAGGAUGUGGGCGCUCAUGACGAUGACGGUCUUUUGGGCGUACUUCAACGGACAGAAAUCUGCUGGAGUAUACAGGCCGUCUUUGUUCGCUUAUAUCAUGCCUGUGGUGGAUGCAAUCUUCGUGUGGUGGAGUGCCUGGCAGCUGCUGUACCUGCUGGUCAUGGGCAAGCCUUCACCACCGGGUUUUACUUAUCCGCCUCUUAUUGGUUUACGACUUCUCAGAAAACGAUCAGAACAGCCAGCAGGACCAGAAAAGAUGCAAGCAGUCUUUGAAAGCCUUCGCAAGCUCAUGGUGUCGACCAAAAUACUGUUUCUGGUCAAUAUUAGCUGUCUUGCCUGGGCUGUGAUCGCUAUCGAAAUCACGUUGCACUGGAACUCAAUCAGUGGCAUCUAUGAUAUCGCCACUACGGGCCAGCUCAUACCAUUCAUCAUCGGCAUUGUCAGUAUCUUGCGGCUCUUCCUGGCACUCACUGUGCAGUCUACAACCCAAUAUGUCACGAACAUACUUCUUGUGGGUAAACUUGGUACAUGUUGUGCUUAUUUAUGCCACCUCGAAUUCGAACUUGCCCGUCUGACAUACAUCGGUUUCAGCAACUCUUCGAUAGAAAACCCCGUGUUGACUCCGCUGAAGAUGGGCCUGUGGGAGAAGCUCGUGUGGUAA